CAUCAGUUUAUUUCUGUAGCAGAGAAACUACUGAACCAGCAACAUGAGCGGAAGAGGCAAAGGCGGAAAGGGACUCGGAAAAGGAGGCGCUAAGCGUCACCGUAAAGUUCUCCGUGAUAACAUCCAGGGAAUCACCAAACCCGCCAUCCGCCGCCUGGCUCGCCGUGGCGGAGUCAAGCGAAUCUCCGGCCUGAUCUACGAGGAGACCCGCGGUGUCCUCAAGGUUUUCCUGGAGAACGUCAUCCGCGACGCCGUCACCUACACCGAGCACGCUAAGAGGAAGACGGUCACCGCCAUGGACGUGGUGUACGCGCUCAAGAGGCAGGGCCGCACCCUGUACGGCUUCGGAGGCUAAACCCUACGUCCCCAACACACAGCAACACAACGGCUCUUUUAAGAGCCACCCACAUCUCACUAAGACAAGUUCCUCGAUAUACUAUGUUUUGUGUUCAUUGCUAUUAUAUUAUGAGGUGAUCACUUCGGUAAUGUGAUAUCAUUACGCUAAUAGCCACACUAGUAUCGCUGGUACAAAUACGUAUGUUAAAACUAUUGUUUAAACUCCAUUACAACUAUAAUUAUCCUGCUGUACUAGAGGUGUGGACUCUACUUGGAAACUCUGUGGGUUUCUUGCUUGCUUUGUUCCUGUAACAACCAGAAACUGAUGCAACUAAUAUUAACAGCUGAAUAACUGAGGGGAGUUUGUCCAUCUCACUUUUCCUCAUGAAUAAGUCAUAGGACAAAUAUAAAUGUCUUAUUCAAGAAAAAUAUUUUUUUGUGUUAUGUGUGAACCCUUGAACUCAAUAAGUAUGAGCACAGAUGUAGUCACAUGUAUAAUAAUAAUUAACCCAUGCAUGGUUUAGUUGAACUCUACGGAGCAUCGCAGGGCCCAGAUUGAGAACAUAUCUGUAAUGAGAAUUGGAUCUGUAGGUAUUAAUUAUUGAAGAUAUUUAUUUGUCCUUUGUUCCAUUUAUGUAAAAAUAAGACAAGAAGUUUGUCCUCUGAAGUAGCAGUGUGUGGUUCUUUCUGCUGUUAGUCGGGACCUGAAUUAUUUUAUUUUAUUUUAUUUUAUUUUAUUUUCAUUCUCUUCUUUAUGUACGCCGGUCUGUCUUAUCCCUUGUCAGAAAGGUGCCAUCUUU